GUUAAAGGACGAGAGGCCUUAUCCACGCUUCCCAAACGUCAUGUGCGCUUGGCCGGUCUUAAACCUUGUUGAAGGCCGGCAAAGCACACAUUAAAUUUGUUUCUGUCUGUUUGAAUCCUGGUAUUGGUACAGGGGCACGAUCUGCGCAGUCGUAACGGGAUCAGUAUGAUUCGACCUCAUGACAUGUGAAGUGUAACAAACUGCAUAAGAUUCGACUGGUAUACCACUAAGUUUCCACACUUUAGUAAGCGAUAGACCCUUAGCGUAGUGCCUGUAGAAAGUGUUUCGUGCCGGUGCAUUACCGCGUGGUUUCCUUUCUUUUCUGAGAUUUAAUGGCCCUCUUUUUGCUGGUAGGGGCGUACGAAUGUCAGUGUUCUGUUUGUUAUUUUUUUUUCAGACAAAACUGCUCUUUAUGCUUUUGAGUGCCAGUAGCCAUUAAACGAGCAUUUAAAUCUGCGUGUAGGCCUACUACACAGUGUACUCGGGUCCAAGUUUGCGUUUUGUCACUACAGGCUAUCGACUUACACAUUAUCUCAAUCACAUCAGUGAGUCAAGAAUGGACAGAAUGGCGUAUCUAAAGCCAGUUUGUUGGCUUCUUGCUGUGACUAUGAUCGCUGAUGGGUUAUCUUCUGAGCGAGAUUUUAGAAGUAAGAUUUUAGUCACUGCUCCAAGCGUUACAUGCAGCCACCUGUUUUCAUCCGCUGAGAUCGCAAGGACCUUGUCAGCGAGGGGAAAUGAUGUUUGGUUUCUUAUAGAUGAAGAGUUGUAUGAUCGUCACGCCGCUACCCUUGCGUUACCAGAGCAGAUGAAAGUGGCCUUUUACAAGACUGCUCUUUCUUAUACCGAAUCAGAGACUUACGUGCGGCGUUACGUCUCCAAACAGUUACGAGACAGCAGCGCCAACACCGCCAAACAGUAUCGCCUGGAGGCCGAGGAUCGCGAGAUACAAGAGCGACUCGGUGGCAGGAAAGUUGACCUCUUCACUGCGACGAGUGUAGGCACCGAUGAUAUUCUGGGAAUUGAAGAACUCAUGCGGGGUCUGAAGGCAGCUGGCUUUGACAUGAUCGUUGGCGAUUAUACCGCACAGUUCUACGUGAUUUUGAGUCAAGUGCUGCAAGUUCCGUAUAUUCAUAUCGGCCUAACGCCCAUCGCACCCUCGCAGCACGACCGCCCCGCCUACACACCGAGCCAUCCAGCUUACGUCCCGGAACGAUUCAGUGCAGUGUCCGAUACCAUGACCAUCCGGGAACGCCUGAAAAACUACCUUCUUUAUUGGGUCAUGAGUUACUCUUAUGAUAAAUACGUGUUAACGCCAUACGACAAGCUUCUGCAAAAGCGAAACAUCCGACCGGACGCUAACUUCUUCCAGCUUCUGACAGAGGCUAAACUAUGGAUCUUUAAUUCAGAUUUCGUAGUGGAUUUCCCGCGCCCGCUCAAUCCACAGGUCAAAUUUGUAGGUGGAUUUCUAGCCGGUUCGGCCAAGCCUUUGAACCAGGAGUGGCAGUCGUUUGUUGAUGGCGCCGGUGAACAUGGUAUUGUCAUUAUGGCAUUGGGUACUCUGAUAAGCGAUGAACUGACGGACCAACAAGCUGAGAGCAUCGCCUCAAGUCUAGCGCUGCUCUCCCAGAAGGUGGCCUGGAGUUACAGUGGAAAACUGCCCAAGACUCUAGGCAACAACACCAAGGUUGUCAAGUGGCUACCACAAAAUGAUCUGCUUGGUCAUCCGAAGACAAGAGCUUUUAUUUCCCACGGCGGUCUGAACAGUAUUCACCAGUGCAUAUAUCACGCUGUGCCAAUGGUGGGAAUCCCAGUCUUUGGAGAUCAGAAGGACAACUUCAUACGUCUUGGCGCUAAAGGAAUGUCAGUGCUUCUUGACAUCCAUCAACUGACAGAACGGUCCAUCUACGACGCCACUGUGGAAAUCAUUUAUAACGAAACGUACAAAGAGGCCGUGCAACGUUACUCUGCGAUUGCAAGGGACCGUGUCACACCGAUGACAGCGCUGGAAGAGGUGGCGUACUGGGUGGAGUAUGCUGUGCGACACGGUACAGAUCACCUCAAGCCGCGCGCUAUGCAACUAUCGUUCGUUCAGUACUACCUGCUGGAUGUUAUUGCAAUCACUGUCGUCAUUGUCACCAUCAUGUGCUGGUGUGUCGUUAACGUUGGUCGAUGCCUGUUCAGAGGAUUCACACCACCUGUGGUAAGAGUUCCGGGUAUCCCGGUAUCAUAAGUCGAGUAACAGGUAUUUAACUUUAUUUUAAUUGAGAGAAUACGCGUUUGCAGCAGCAGCAGAAAUGGAAGCAAAGGGAAAGAGAAAGACACAGAUACAAGCAUUAGAUUUUUAACGAGUUGAAUAUUUUGCAGCAUCCAAAUUUUGUGAUGCCGUCUGCCCAGCAACAGCUAGUGCGUAUCUGAAGAAAGUGGCUUCAACAGCCAGUCAGCUCAGCCAAUCCAAAUCGUACAGGCGUUGUCUUUAUCAUGUAGGAUGGGAUAUCGAGCACAAUAUCCAAACUAUAUUAAAUCAGAAUGCAAGAUCUCGAAAGAAAAAUUAAAGUAUGAGACAAAAUGUACAAAUCAAUAAAAUGCUACCAGACGCGUCUUUCUUUUUACUUAGACGUCAAAUAAUUUUAAUAGUUAGCAGAAGCUUCUGUCAAGCAGUUCCUAUUUUUGAAUUUAUAUAUAAAUCUUGGGAGGAAGGAAAAUUUCUUGAGAAUUUCAUUGAUUAAUACUCUAUAUGGACUCCAAAGUGGUCUUUGCCAAUAAAGUGAUAAAAUUUAAAAUGAACAUUAGGCAGGAAAUGUUUAUUCAAAAUUUAGUUUCAAAAUAGUUUAGUAUUAAUGCCAGUUGUCUAUCAUGAUUAUGUUCUCUUAACGAACAGUACUGUAGUUAUUGUAAUAAUUCCAAACUGACCAGUAAGCAUGCGGUUGUAUUUAAACUAAAGCUUCGCAACUCAUUUUGAAAAAAAAAGAUAGCAUUGUGAAUGACAAAGUUAAUCUAUAUUUGUACAUUUGAUUGCUUUAUCGCAUUUAGCUGAUGAUAUCAUUUAUGUAAAGUUUACGUAUAAUUACAGUACUGUAGAAUUUAUUCAAAGGAAUGCAAUCCAAUCCUUGGCUGGCUUUCUGACCCUAAAGCCAGAAGAUCUUAUUUUUUUCUUUAAAAAUUUCGUAAAACAGAAGAAGUUUUAAUUAAACGACGCUUUGCUUUCAA